AUGCCAGUUCACUGUUCUUUGAACAGUGCUUUUGUUUUCCACUCUCCCAGGUACACCAACCACCUGGAAAGAGAAAACAAAUCAUGCGUGGCACAGUUUUUCCUCCUGGGCCUUUCCGAUUAUCCUGAACUGCAACUUGUUCUCUUUGCCCUCUUCCUGUCCAUGUACCUGGUCGCUGUGCUCGGGAACCUGCUCAUCAUCCUGGCCGCCAGCUCUGACUCCCACCUCCACACACCCAUGUACUUCUUCCUCUCCAACCUGUCUUUUGUGGACAUCUGUUUCACAUCCACCACGGUCCCAAAGAUGCUGGUGAACAUCCAGACACAGCAUAAAGACAUCUCCUACAGUGAGUGCCUUGCUCAGGUGCAUUUUUUUAUGAUUUUUGCUGGAAUGGAUAAUUUUCUACUUACCAUCAUGGCCUAUGAGCGCUUUGUGGCCAUCUGUCACCCCCUAAACUACAUGGUCAUCAUGAAUCCCCGGCUCUGUAGUCUCCUGGUCCUGAUGUCUUGGAUCAUAAUCUUCUGGGGUGCCCUUCUCAACCUUCUACUGGUUAUGCAUCUGACCUUCACCAGAGGUACAGAAAUCCCACAUUUCUUCUGCAAUCUGCCUCCACUCCUGCAAGUGGCCAGCUCCGAUACCCGAAUCAACAAUAUUGUCUUAUACAUAGCAACUGCCCUGCUGGGUGUGUUUCCAGUCACUGGGAUCCUCUUGUCUUACUCUAAGAUUGUCUCCUCUUUAAUGAAGAUGUCCUCUUCUGCAAGCAAGUCAAAGGCAUUUUCCACCUGUGGGUCUCACCUGUGUAUGGUCUCCUUAUACUAUGGGACAAGCCUUGUGGAAUACCUCAGUUUUACAUUCACCCAUUCUUCUCAGGAAAGCAUGAUCGCCUCCGUGAUGUACACUGUAGUGACCCCCAUGCUGAACCCCUUCAUCUAUAGUUUGCGGAACAAGGAUGUGAAGGGGGCCCUGGGCAGACUCCUCAGCAGAGCAGGCUCUUUUCCUUAA